GCUGGUUCGUCUGUUACAGAGAGGGUGAGCUACAGGGAAUAAAGUGCUCUGAUCGGAGCCCUCUCUUCCCUCUUUCGCUUUCUUCUCUCCCUCUGUUCAACUCUUUUUGCGCUGGUGUCCAUUUAAGUUUGGGAGGCCCCGAAGAGGACAUACAAUGGAGCGACGAGCCUGUGGCAACUGGGCCGUUGUACUGCUGAGAGGGGGAUGGGGUAGAGAGAGGACCGGUUCACACAGCUAACACAGCCUGCCGGCUGGAGGCUCCCUCAGCCGUUUCUUUCCGCCUUGACCCAAUGUUUAGGCUUUUUACUUACUGCCACUCUCAAACUCCAUUUGAACUUCACUAAGGAAUACUUACUGGGAUCUAUGGAAUUUUAGGAUGCAUACUGGAGCCCUGGAUAAUUAAUCUCCAUGUUUUGAAUGGGGAAACGGAAAGCAAACUUCUCUGUAAUUCUUUUGUGCCUUUUUUGGCUUUUGGUUUCUGUUUGGCUGUUCAUAAAUGGAUUACAAGAUGCAUGCCAAGUCAAAUGAUUUGCUGGAUUUUCAAAAACUGGAUGCCCUUCUUGAAAAAAUCGCACAUUCGGUCUCAGUAAAAAGAGAGUCCAGUGAGGAGUGCAAUGGGAUCAGCCGUGCUCUGUCAGUGGAGUCUGUGCCGGGGCCAAGACUGAACUGGUGUCCUGCCAACACCACUACCCCUGCCCCUGCUCCAGCUCCCGCUCCGGGGCCCGAGCCCACGCCCAAUUCUGCCAGAAUGGGGGACGGCGUGGAUGCAGCACAGAUGUCGGGCAGCAGCAGCAGCCAGGGGCAGGCCCAGCUAUUUAGCAACCCCCCACCCCCAGAGUAUACUGAUCCCAGCAGGCCAAAGCGCCAGACCAAUCAGCUGCAAUACCUGCUCAAGAUGGUGGUGAAAGGCCUCUGGAAGCACCAGUUUGCCUGGCCCUUUCAUGCACCAGUGGAUGCAAUAAAACUUAACUUGCCUGACUACUACACAAUUAUCAAGAAACCAAUGGACUUGGGAACAAUCAAGAAAAGGCUAGAGAACAGUUACUACAGGAAUGCCCAAGAAUGUAUUGAAGACUUCAACCAGAUGUUUUCUAACUGCUACAUAUACAACAAGCCUGGAGAUGACAUUGUUUUAAUGGCUGAGACUUUGGAAAAGGCUUUCCUUCAAAAGAUCACAGAAAUGCCUGAGGAGGAAACAGAGAUAGUUGUCAUGACAGGGAAAGGACGUGGCAGGGGCAGAAGGGAUGCAGGUCUGAACUUAAAACCAGGGGCCAUCAUUGAUACAUCGUCCACGACUCCUCAAACACGCGGUCUGUCAAAUCUUUCAGCAGCAUCCCAGAACAGAGCACCAGCGCAGGGCCCGCCUUCUCUACCUCCCCAGCCUUUGAUGCAGGCCAUGCCAACCCUUGUGCCCCCAACGUUAUCCAGCCAUGCACCACAGCUUGGAGCUCCCUACUCCCUGAGCCAAUCAGAUUGUGCUCCUCAAGUUCCCAUCAUGACUUCUGUGCCUCCCCCUGCUCAGACCACCCUUCCCCCAGCAUCAAUCCAGAGCCCUGCCCCCAUGCUGCAGAACCCUAUAACUAUGACCAAACAAAGAAAGAGCCAGAAAAGGAAAGCAGACACUACAACGCCCACAGCAAAUGACCAACUGAGUGAGUCUUCGCCGGCAGAGUCCAAAUCUGGGAAGACACUUAACAGGCGAGAGAGUACACGACCUACGAAACUACUGAAGAAGGAAGCUCCAGACUCUCAGCAUCAAAUAGGCACAGCGAUAGGACUAAGUGGACCAAGUGGAGGUCAUAGCCCGAAACCGCAGGAUCAACUUGGAUACUGUGCUAGUCUGGUUAGGGAAAUGCUGUCAAAGAAGCAUUCUGCUUAUGCCUGGCCUUUCUAUAAACCUGUUGAUGUGGAUGCCCUAGGGCUACAUGAUUAUCAUGAUAUCAUUAAACAUCCAAUGGACCUCAGCACCAUCAAGGCCAAACUGGAGAACAGGCAAUACAGGGAACCCCAGGAGUUUGCUGCUGAUGUACGAUUAAUGUUUUCAAACUGCUACAAGUAUAAUCCACCGGACCAUGAGGUGGUACACAUGGCACGUAAACUACAGGAUGUCUUUGAGAUGCGCUUUGCCAAGAUGCCAGAUGAACCUGAGAGCAAGCCACUGGUUUCCAACCCUGCUCCUACUCUUCACCAUCCUGCCCCUGUAAAGCCCCAGCCUCCUCUUGCCCAUGCUGCCUCAUCUUCAGACAGCUCCAGUGACUCAUCCUCUGAAUCUGAAUCCUCGACGGAUGACUCUGAAGAGGAAAGAGCCCAGAGAUUGGCGGAACUUCAGGAACAGUUGAAGGCUGUCCAUGAACAGCUGGCUGCCCUGUCCCAACCACAAACCAGCAAACCAAAGCGAAAAGAGAAGGAAAAAAAGGAUAAGAAAAAAGAUAAGCAUAAAAAGAAAGGAGGCAUGCCCAGCCUUGUAGAAGAGAUGCAAGAUGCUACACCAGUUCCACAGCUGUCUAAGAAGACAAAGAACAGCAACAAUAACAUUAAAGAGGCUGUACCCAAGAAGAAAACCAGUAAAAAGGAAGGGAUGAAAGGCAACCAUCCCUCCAACCUGCAGCCAGUCCCCAGCUUAGAAGAUGACCUCGGGCCAGCUGGGUCCUCAGUUUCAGGGGAAAAGUGCAAGCCUAUGACAUACGAGGAGAAGAGGCAGCUUAGUUUGGACAUCAACAAGCUUCCUGGUGACAAGCUUGGCCGUGUUGUGCAUAUCAUCCAGUCCAGAGAGCCUUCACUUAAAAAUUCAAACCCAGAUGAGAUUGAGAUUGACUUUGAGACACUGAAGCCUUCCACUCUACGUGAACUCGAGAGAUAUGUGUCUACUUGUCUUCGCAAGAAGAAAAAGGUUGCAGUGGAGAAGCCCAUAGAAUCCAUGGCUACCUCCAAAAAGGCUGGAUCAUCUUCUGAGAGCAGCGGCUCCAGCUCAGACAGUGAAGCAGAGGGGACAGGAAUGAUAAAGCAACAGAAGAAGAAGAGUCAGUCAGUGAAGGAGGGGAAAAAGACUCAUUCUCACGUUCAAAGUGGCCCUGCUCAGACGGGGCUUCAUUCCCAAGCUGCAGGACUUCAGUCCAGCAGUCAGUUGAAGCACCUUCAGCAACCACAUCAACCUUCUCCUGCAGGCUUUAUUGUGCCCCCUGUAGCACCCCUGGAAUCCUCACAGUUACUGGAGACGAGUUUUGAGUCCCUGCCACCUUUUGGCCAGCCCCUCAUGCAUCUAUCCCACCACACAGGCAAUUCGUCCUCACCUGCACAGCCACAUCUCAAUGCUCAUUCUGCUGGGCCGGUGUCCCCUGAGACACACCCCUUCCUCAACCAACAUCCCAUCCUACCAUCUCCAGCCUUACACAGUACCAUGCCUCAGCAGCCUUCUCGACCCAGUCACAAGGCAGCCCCGCUUCAUCCCAAACCCCCUCAGCAGCAACCAGUAACUCCUCAACAGCAGUCGGCCCUGCAGCAGCCACAACAACCGCAGCUUCAGACCCCGCCAGCAGCACCACCACCACCACAGCACCAGCUCUCUUCUCAAAUCCUCCACCCUCCUCAACCUCUGCACCAGCAGCCCAUGUCCCCUCCAACACUCACACCCCAGGGCUUGCUGUCCUCCCAGCCUCCCCAGAUGUUGCUCGAGGAUGAUGAAGAGCCAGGGUCUACAACGCCUAUGAACCAAGUACAGUUGUACCUGCAGCAGUUCCAGCAAGCCCGCCAGCCCCAGCAGACCAUGCAGUCACUCCAGGCGCAGGCUCGUCAGCAGCAGCAACAACAAAUACAACCACAGCCAGGACAAACGUCUCUUCUACAGUCUGUACAGGCACAAUCACAACUCUCCUCCCAACCCUCACUGCCUCCUCCACAGCUUCCUGUUCAGUCCCAGGCUCAACCAGCCCCAUCACACCAGGCGCCAUCCCAACAGAUUCCUCUACACCAGGCCCGACACUUGCAGCACGCUCAUCAACAGCAGCAGCCACAACAGCAGCAACUGAACUACCAGCAGGGUCCUGGACUUGCUGGUCAGUCCCAAGGAUCACAACACAAGGUAUCCAUGCCCACCAACAAAGCACAGCAAAUCAUUCAACAGCAGCAAGAACAGCCUUCCCCACGCCUGACCAAGGCUGACCCUUACAAUGCAGGUAAUGUGAGGGACAACCCUUCCCCGCUAAUGAUGCAUUCCCCUCAACUCCCUCAGUACCCGCCUGUCUCUCACCAUUCUCCCCCUCACAACAUGCAGUCCAAAAAGCAGAGGGCACCUGGAAGUCAAGCUGGAAUUAAAGAGGACAAACUUCCUCUGUCACCAGUGAUGAGAGGAGAGCCGUUUAACCCUGCAAUGAGGCCAGACCAUCAUAAACAUCCAGAUAGUAAGCCUUCUCAACCAAGCCAUGGCCAACCGAAUGUGAAGUCCAUGGACAGCUCACGACCUGUCAUCCGCUCCUCUGAGCCAAGUGGACCACCACCCUCUCUGCAGGAGAAGGAAAAAUUCAAGCAGGAAUCAAAGACCUCAACUGCCUCCAAAAAAGUACAAGAUGUGAAACUGAAGAAUAUGGGCUCAUGGGCCAGUCUGGCACAAAAGUCAACAUCCACGCCUUUAUCUGCAGUGAAGUCAUCUAGUGACAGCUUUGAGCAGUUUCGACGUGCAGCCCGGGAAAAAGAGGAGAGGGAGAAAGCCCUAAAAGCCCAGGCAGAGCAAGCAGAAAAAGACAGACUACGCAGAGAGCAGGAUAAACUGCGAGGUCGAGAUGAAGAGGACGUCAUAGAGCCAAGCAGAAGGGUGCACGAGGAGCCACGCAGGCGUCUGGAGCAGCACAUCCAAGCUCCUUCACAACAGCAACAGCAAACGCAGCAGGAACCCCAACCGACUACCAUUCAGCAACCUCCUCAACCCCCUACGCCACCUCAGCCUGCUGCUCAGAACCCACUAGACCAACAGAGAGAACUAGCACGUCGUCGAGAGCAGGAGAGGAGGAGGCGAGAAGCGAUGGCGGCAACUAUUGACAUGAAUUUCCAAAGUGACUUAAUGGCUAUCUUUGAGGAGAACCUUUUUUGAGGAGAGGAGCUACUGAAACGUAACUGCAAAAAAAAAAAAACCCUUAGGAUUAUGUAAACUUCGUCUGAAGAGAGUUUUGGUGACCAUGAACCACAGAAAGACUGACUAAAUGUGGAUGUGACAGGCCCUGAGUACAAUAGUAGGACGGGCAAACACAUCUCGCUUUGCCCCAGUGGACUGAAAACGCAACACGUGGGGAUCAUCUCAAUGUUUUGGAUGUCGUUUCUUGGGAAUUUGGCAUUGCCUGCCUGAUAGCUCACAACAGGAGAAAAAGGACCCCUGUUGGCACAGUUGCCUUUCUUACACUUGCUUCUUACAGUGUUUGUUGGUGCAACAGUAGUUUGCAAGACUAAAGACAUCCCAAUAUCUAUGAAAAUGCUCUGAUAAUGUACUGACAGACUGUGCAGAGGUGUUUUGAAACUGCCAGAUGUCUGAGGAUGUGAAGAAGACUGACUGGUCUUUUUAUGUUCUGUUGUGUUUUUAUGGUUGUAUGUGAACACAUGGCAUAAAUGGGGGUGGGGGGCAGCUUCCAUACUGUAAAUCGUGUAUAUUUCUCAGUAGAGAAGGUACAAUUUGCCUUACACUUCUUUCCUAAACAGACCAUUAUGUUCUGUGGCCUGCACAUAAGGAAAAACCAAUAACAUUUACAACCAGGAGAAGAAGCAGCGCAGAAACUUUUUCAUCAAGUAUCUACUGUAAAGAAGUAUUUUCUUAUACUAUGAUAACUGUUUAUUUUGGAUCUUUAUUUUCUUUUUUUUUCUCUGUAGGUCUUUGAAUUUUCACACCAACACACUCCGCCACCUAUGUCUAUGCCAAACAAUCCAUUAUCUUUUAUGCUAAAAUACUUUUCCUAAAACAUGCUAGGUAGCUAUUGAUCAAACAAACCCUGGAUAUAUGCAUUAUCAUAGUUUAAGCAAGUAUUUAUCAGAAACCGAAUCAUCCUUCUUUGUGUGUUUUAAUUUAAACAUGGACUUGUUAGCAGAAGAAGGGAAACGUCCAGCUCUUUCUGGGCUUUAGUUUAAUUAUGAUUUCACUACAAGUGUUGCACCAGGAAUUGUAUUAAACUUUCUAGAAAUAAUGUUUGAAAUGUCCAUAUCAUUGGCCUGUUAACAGUCACACUACUGGAUCAGUUUUCCUUUGAGUAGCUGGGCUUUCCUUUGGUGUUCCCUCUUUGUGCACUCUGAUCUUAACUUGAAGGUUUUGAUCAAAUAUUUUAACCGGCAGAGCGCUCAAAGCAGGAAUGGGACAAUCAAGGGAAUUAAAGAAUUGACACAUUUACAUUUUUACUCAGAUCCGGUUAAAAACGGCUGAAAGGAGCUCCCAUUUGGUUUUUUCAUCAAAUCGUCUAAUUCACUGUCGGCAGUAUCAAAUAAAAAGACAAACUAUUACAAAAGUUUUGAAGCGAAAAUGUUGAAAAAACAUGUUUGAUUUUUAUCUUUGUUCUUGUUCGAUAAUAGUGGAUGUGAGUUAUAAUUCUGUUCUUAGAGACAUUGAUUUGACCGGGGAUGGGCUGAAAUCUGAAUGCAUCUCGUCCUCUUCACUUGUCUCUUUUGGUGUUUUUCUCCAGUGCCUGUAUUGUAUUGCAAUUCUCGUUGGCUUAUAUUACACUUGGAGGGAGUUAAAGUGAGUCGAGAGUAGGUGGUGUAAUAUUUGAACGGGGAGCGAGAUUUUUGGAAGAGUUUGUGUAAAAAAAAAAAACAUAAAAAAAUUACUAAAAAAAGUAAAGACAGCAUUUUAUAUUUUACCCGUUGUCAAUAUUCGGGUUUUAAAUUUAGUUUUAGCUGGACUUCUAUGAGUGUACACACCCAACAACUUCUUUCUCUAUUUGUUCAAUCAGCAGAUUUUAGGUAGAUAUGUUCAGCAUUGCCACACUAGCGUUUAUGUCUGGUCUGUGAGUGUGACUUUGUAAAUUUGGACGGCUGUGUGACUGCGUGUUUGUUUUUUUGUUAACGUUUUUUAAAGUGUGUGGUGCAGGGAGGCAUGUUCCCCGAUGUAGAUAAGCAUUCUAUUGAUGAAGAGAAUAAACAGAUAAACAGUACUUCAGGAGAACUUGUUUCUGUGCUUAAGUCACCUUUUUAAUUUCUAUCAAGUCCACCUUAUAUGAGUAUAGACUUUUUGUUAUUAGACUGGUUUUGAAAGGGUAAAAAAAAAGCGACUUCAUUCCUAUUUAGCCCUAUUUUUCUUCUCACAAUAACUGUUGGACAUAAUGUGCCAUGAGUUUCCACAGAGAAUGUGCUGACCCGCAGCUCAGCCCAGAGUUUGCUUUAUUCAGGUAUUUUAUUUUGUGUUAAAUUUGUUCUGUUUUGGGGUUUUUUGUUGAAACAUUUUCCUCGAUUAUUGUUUGGUAUGUGAGUGGUCUAUCGAGGUCUCUGAUUCAGUCUGUUAUGAUCAUUGAAUAAACUCAUCUGUUUUAUAGAAAAUAAAAAAAUAAACUAAA